CGUGUAUUCCAUUGGUUGUCUAUAAUAUAAUUGCAGUUGCACAGACCAGGAAGUUUAGCUUGAUUUGGCGAAUCACACAGAAAUGGUUGUCACUAGUGUACUGGGGCUGAUGUUGGGUAUCAUGAUAGUGGAUUGUCAGAAUAUUCACAGCGGAUCAAAUCUGGUGGAAAAAUGUCCUAUUUAUAACGAGGAAGAACUGGAGCAUCUGGUCAAUUCUGCAGCCAGAAAAGUUAUAAUAUCUCAUACAAACACGAUGGAGUCUCAGCUGGCAAACUACAGGACAGAAAUGAAUGAUCUGAAGAAAGAAUUGAGAGAGAAAGUGGAAGAGAAUUAUUUAGAAAUAACAUUUCUGAAAGAAAAAGUUCAAGAGCAACAGCACCUAAUAAAACAAUUGCAGAACAAUGUUCAGGCUCAAGCUGUGUCACUAGGUGGCGUACGACUCGUAAAUGGAAGUUCUUGGAGAGAUGGCAGGGUGGAGGUCUACAAAGAUGGCUCAUGGGGAACGGUGUGUGACGAUGUCUGGGGCGUGAAGGACGCCAAUGUGUUGUGUAAACAACUAUUCGGAUUAGCAGGAAGUCCGCAUCAUCAAGCGUACUUUGGUGCCGGAACUGGUUCAAUACUCAUGGAUGAUGUUUCUUGCGCUGGUACAGAAACUUCUUUAAAGAGUUGCACACAUGUAUCAAAUCACAACUGUCUUCACAAAGAAGAUGCGGGCGUCGUGUGCAUGAAAGCGCCUCCUAUCCGACUCUCGCGAGGACAAAGCGAAUUUCAGGGAAGGGUGGAAGUGUACGUAAACAACGAGUGGGGGACGAUCUGCGAUGACGGCUGGGGACAGGACGAAGCUCGUGUGAUUUGCCGAACUCUGGGUUACAGCGAAUAUGGAGUGGCCGUUUCAAACGGAUUAUUUGGAGAGGGUUCUGGACCAAUUGUUUUAGACGACGUACAUUGUAGAGGUGAUGAAAAUAGCGUGGUUGAUUGCUCGUAUUCAUCAGUACAUAACUGCAAUCACGGAGAGGACGCUGGAGCCAUUUGUAGACUUCCAAAUAGCCACAUCAGACUGUCCAACGGAUCGUCUGCAGCAGAUGGUCGAAUUGAGGUGUUAAUCAACGGAACAUGGGGGGCCGUCUGUUAUCCUAAUAGGGAUUACAGUGUCGUUAACGUGGUGUGCCGACAGCUCGGAUAUCAGGGCGGUAUUCCAACGCCAUCGGAUGUGUUUGGAGGAAUCAAUGGACAGACAUGGUUACACAGAAUCCGAUGUACGGGACAAGAAGCUUCUUUACUAGAUUGUCCACUAUCAGUAACUGGGUCCUCAAAUUGCUAUUUUAAUGAACAAGCUGGGGCAAUUUGCUACGAAGAAACAAAAGACAAUAUCAGACUGUUGAAUGGAACGUCUUCAUCGGAGGGUCUUAUUGAGGUGUUAAUCAACGGAAAGUGGCAAGCAGUAUGUGAUAAUGAUUGGGCUUAUAAUGGCGCUACCGUGGUAUGUCGACAGCUCGGAUAUCACGGCAAUACUAGUAUAUCGACUUCAUCGACUGUUUUUGGAGAAAUCAGUGAACAGAUAUGGUUAGAUGUCAGAUGCACAGGAAGUGAGACUUCUUUAUUAGAGUGUCAACUAUCAGAAACUGCAUCCGGCACGUGCAAAAGACAAGCAGGGGUAAUUUGUUACAAUGCAGCAAAAGAAGGAUUGAAAUUGGCAGACGGAAAUUCAGCACAUGAGGGUCGUGUAGAGAUGUUUAUAAAUGGUAUUUGGAGAGAGUUUUGUACAGGAAGCUGGAGUGACAAAGAAGCAAAGGUAUUCUGCAGAAGUCUUGGUAAUUCUGGUCAUGGUUUUGUAUUAGACAGCGGACCGAGAGGAAAUUCGGGACAACUCUUGAUGGCGGGAGCUCACUGUACUGGAAUGGAAAGUUCGAUAACUCUAUGUCAUUUUGUUAUUGAAACACAUGGCUGUAAUACUACCGGCGCUGUGACAGUGGGAUGUUAUACCGAUACCAGCAGGUUUAUAAGACUCGUCAAUGGUACAUCGGUAAAUGAAGGGCGCGUUGAGGUACUUGUUAACGGAGAGUGGGGUACAGUUUGUGAUGAUUCCUGGGACCCUGAAGACGCAGCAGUGGUUUGCGGCAGUCUGGGCUAUACAGGAAAUGCGAUUCCUCUCAACAAUGCUUUUUUCGGACCAGGCUCGGGGCGCACCUGGUUAGAUAAUGUUGGUUGUUCAGGGACCGAAACAUCCGUCUUCGAUUGCAAACAUAAUGGUUACGGGAUUGAAAAUUGUAGUCACAAUGAAGAUGCCGGUGUAAGGUGCACAUGAUUUCUGAAUAAGAGCAAGACCAACCUUAAAUGAAACAUUAUUCUGUAAUUAUUAUAGGAUUAAACAUUCUUUUUGAAGAAUUUAUCGAUGUGUAAACUCCGGACAUUUUACUCACAAACUGAAUAAAAGUGCGAAGCACUUUUAUGUUAAGUUUGUGAGUAAAAUGUCCGGAGUUUACACAUCGAUAAAUUCUUCAAAAAGAAUGUUUGAUUCUUAUAAUUCCAAUUCAUUCACUUUAUUAACAAUUGCAAAAAUUUGAAUAGUUUCCCCGCACUAUGUUAUUUGUUUUCAGGUGUGUAUGAAUACAUCUCGUUUUCGGAUUUAUUGAUGUAUAAACUCUUGUUCAGCUUUAUUUUUGUCCAAUCAAAACAAUUGUAAUAAAUAACAUUGGAAUUAUAUACAUAUGAGUUAUAGGAGUUAUGAGAUUAAUCACUGUUCAUUAUCUUCACCUUUCAUAUGCAUGAGGCUGUCUUUCCAUAUAAGUUAUAAGUAUUGAUAAUAUUUGUUCAAAUAUGACUGUUAUUAAGCACAAAUUUAAGCAUAUGUGUACCUCGGGAGAACCUUGUAACAAUUUGUCUGAAUCGUAUAGUACUUGUAGCAUUGAUGGUCAUACAUAUCAGUUUCUCUCCCAGAACUGUUGUGAAACAUUUGACAGAUAUGAUAGUGAAUUACACGAUAAUCCAAACUUAGAAAGCUGAAAUAAACUGUAAACGUAUAAGUCUUUCAGACAAUCUGUGUCGGUGAGGAAUUAUGUGAGGGUGGACAUUUCUCAAAAGAAUCAAAACAUUGUGUGUUUCUGAGCAGGUGCGCGACCAUUAUAGCAGUAGAGCUGGGAGCUAAUUACAUUAUGUUACCAGAAGUGUUCACUAUGCGACACUGUGUAGAGGAAGAAUUUCAGGUUUUUAUUGAUGGACUGGUAUUUAACGCAAACACGUGAUCUGAAUUAUUUCACAAAGCUGUAUAUUUGCUGGACAUUAAUGGGCUGGUUUUUUAUGAACUCGUGUUAAAUGAAGCCUUUCAACAUUUGUGAGCAUUCUAUGUGAGAACUGUUUUAUAAUAGGAUUUUUUUUUUACCGAAGAGAUAAUAUAAACUGACUUUUUAAAUAUAAAGAAUAUGUAUUUUUCUGUUGCUAUAAUAUUUUUUGAGAGGAUGCGUAUUAUGUUUUUUAAAUACAUCAUUUGUACUCUGCAUUUAGCAUGGUUUGUCUUCAAAGCCAUAUGUUGGGCUUUUAAUGUAAUAUGCAUGAAUUCUGACACUUUAAAAAAUACUCAUUAUUAAUCUUAAACACCUAUAAUGUUUUCAAUACUUUCAAUACACUGUACAUGUAUAAUUUUUAUUUAUCUGUUUUGCUAUUUAUAUUACGAAUGUAUUGUUGAAAUUAUUAUUAUACUGUAUUUCUUUGAAAAUAAAUAAUGAAAUACUCUAUGUAGGUGAAUGGACAUUACGCAAUAUUCAACCUAACAAUGUACCUCAUUAAUCUGAAAUCUAUAGAAGGUUACUAAAGAUCAGGUGCUAGUAUGGUCACACAUGCAGAUUAUCUGUCACAUGAGUGCUUCUGUUUGUGUUUGCAGCAAAAAUAACAAACAUAAAUCGAACAUUUUGAAUUUAAUUUCUUAGUUAUUGGCGAUGCUAGAAAAUUCAGUUCAAUUCAGUUCAUUUAUUCUCAUACGUCAAUCAACAUGACAUAGAGAAGUACAUAGACAAUUUUAAAAACUAAAAUUUAUAUAUAUAUGCAAGUUGAGGUACAUAUAUACAUAUACAAUAAUGAAUAUUACAAAAUAUAAUUGGCAAAUUGACAUCAACUUGGAGGGUCGACCACCUCAUUUAUAGUUUCAAUAAAUCUAGAUGAAUUCAACAGCAAUUUGAAAUUCGUAGAAGAAAAUGAAUCGUGAUUUUUUUUUUUUUAUAAAAUAUUUGGUCUAUGAUGAAAUAUUUGCGGUAUCUACAUUUUUCGAAAGUCUUUUAAAUUUUCACAUGAAAAAAUAUAAUGAAAUUCGUCGCCUAUUUCGGAAUAACACAAAUUACAUUUUCUAUCUGCUCUGGGGAUACUAGACCAUCUCCUAGUUUCUAUUGGUAAGCAGUGAUUUGUCGUUCUGAAUCUUGCAAUUUUACGUAUUAAUGCGCGCGAAACUAGAUCAUCUAGUGAUACGUGUAAAAGUCGAGUAUUUUAUUUAACUCUGUCCAAAGGUGCAAAUCCUAGAGUGGACGUCAUUAUUUCUGAUUUCUCAAAAAUGACUUUUCACAAAAAUUUCCAUGGUCGUAACACAGAUUUUAUAAUGACUGUUAAUUAUAGAAAAACUUUUAUAAAUCAGCAUCAAUUUUUUUCUCCGCUAGCCAUUAUGGAUGUGCUUUCUAACACUCUCGUAGAUUGUGUUAGAGUGUCUUUAUGUAUUUGUUAGACUGCGUAAAUAUUUAUGUCGUAUCCUGUUUUUCUUUAACCGAAACAUCUCUUCGAUACUUUUUUCAUAAAUAUUCAACAUUAUAGUACUAGAAAUCAUUAUUGUCGAGAAAAACACACUGAAUUUUCAAUUAUUACUCGAGAAAAGCAUAAGGAUAAAAAUAUAAUACUAUAACGAAAUUGAGCAGAAUAAUUCUAAAGUAUUGUACUUUGUUUGCGGAGCUUUUGGAUAUCACUCUUACGUGUUCAUUGCAGCAUGCUUGUUUUUGUACGGGUACGGUCAUCGUCGGAAACCCACGGUUGAUUACGCUUCUUUCCUCUGCAGCGCAGAGGUAGCGCUCUCGCUUCUCACCGUUGUGACCCCAGUUUGAUCCCCGUGAUCGGCAGUAGUUGUAUGUGAGAGGGUAUGGCGAUCGUCCGUUUGGACAAGUGGGUUUCCUCUGGGUACUCUGGUUUCCUCCCACAUAAAUGACUCCCUAGCGCAAACAUCCGUACAUCAAAGGAUCCCAAUGGAAAUAAGCUUUCGAGCUUUCAUGGGUUAUCCUUGGUAUUUAUGUAAUGUAUGUAUGUAUGUAUAUACCGAAUAAACAUUUAUUUUAUUUAUUUAUCACGGGUUUCCGACGAUGGGGUACGGUGUAAUCAAAUAUGAGUACUAUUUUACGUCGUACAGUGAGAUACGCCUACAAAAAUUUAAAGAUUUGCAAGUAAUCUCACAAACGAGUAUUAUUGAAAUAUUUCAUCAGAAAGACAUUUCCUCCUGAAUGAUCUGCAGGUGUAAACAAAGCGGGUGUGAAUUUUAAUAAAUAUAGUAUACGACUGGGAAUUCAGAAACAAAUGAAAGUAGAUUGUAAAUAUAAAUAAAUUCAUUUUUAAAAAUACACGAGGGUAUUAUCUAUGACGCUUCACCAGGGCCGUAAAUUAACCUUCAAUUUGGAGGAGGCAGGAAAUUAGGCGGGGGUCUGGACGCUGAGCACAUUUUGUGCACACUGAACACGUUUCGUGCAAAAUCCUUGAUUCUAGGGCCUUCUAAGAUGUUACUUGACUAACUCAUUCUAAAAGAAAGAUUUGGAAUGCUUUUUAAGGGAGGUAUCAUGUUCUUAGUUAUUGGAAACAACAUAAAUUCUAAUGAACUUUAAAUUUUAAUUUUAUUUGGCUCAAAAGUUGGAGGAGGCAGCUGCCUCCUCCGCCUCCAUGUAAUUUACGGCCCUGUUCACGCCGGUGUUAUAUAUUCUCUUUAGCGAAGUCGAGAGGCAUAGCCUUCAUCAACUUCUCUUCGCAAGCAUUCAUAUUUUGAUUCUGGAAAAUGUAUAAAUGCCGGAGUCGGUGACGCUUCGACCGACGUUUCGACUCAGAUGUGCCUGGAUUGACGCAAUAGACAACUUGUUUUCAAACAUUUAACAGUAAUGCACAAAACUGUCACAAGGAAAUCAAAACUUCCCCGGGGGUUCUCCUGCUCUAGAGUGAGCCUUCCCUCAGGGGGAAGGCUCACUCUAGAGCCAGGCUUCCGGGGUGGGGUGGGGGUCUCAUUAUGGGGAAAGGCUCACUCUACAACACCGGCAUACUUCAUAAAGCGAAUUUACUUAGCGAAAUUUAUAAUUGUAUUUUUUUUUAAAAAAAUCAAAUGACUUAGUGAUGUUUGACAAGGUUAUUAUAAAUCCAUUGUUAGCAUGAUUAAAUGCUAUCUACGGAAGUACCCGCUGUUUGCGUACAUUAAUUUAUAUUUUGCAAGUCUUAUUUUCUGAUAUUCGAUAGUUUGUUUUUCAAUCAUCCACUUCUAAUUAUGCAAAACAUACUAGUAUUUUAUGCUCCAUAGACUACAAGACCGUAAAAGAAUAAUGGUCCAUAAAUAAUUAUUCUCGUUGCAUUGAUCGUAAUGUUAGUGUUUGUGCUAAUCGCCCUGUGGUGAGAGAUCAGACAGGAUUCUUAACAAAUUACAAAAAAAUUCAUAAUUGCUUCUUUUAUCUUCCCUCAGUCGUUACUUCCACAUUACAUAAGGGAAUUUCUUUCAUAUUACAAAAUGCAUCAUUCAACACAGGCUUCUAGCAGAAUUAAUCUGUUCUCAAUUGGGAUUAAAUGUUUUGAUUUAGAGAAAAACGUUUUGGAUAAGUAACUGUUUUCGUAAGGGCUUUCGCUUACUGGUAGGCUCGGUUUUGUCUCCCGAUCUCCGCACUGCGUUUAAGGAGGAAUGCUACACCAAAGAAAUUUUAUUAGGAUGAAAAGUGGAGGAUAUGUGUAACAAUAUUUUGAAAUUGAAAACUUUAAAAUUUUCUUUAUUUAGUCAAAAAAUGCAGUUUUAAUAGAAAGGUAUCUAAAAAUAAAAAUACAAACACCUUAAAACCCCUGCUGGACUCGAACCCGCGAUCUACAAUUCAGCAGUCGACGUGCUAACCUUAUGAACCAGGUAAUACUAUUUGAAAUGAAUAGACAAAUAUUGCUGAUAUUUAUAUUUUCAUCCAUGUUUUAAAAGGAAGUCAGCCACUAUGAUGAUGUACAUGUAGAGUACCUCCUAACUGCUUCUUCGCCAAGUGUCCGGCAUUAGAAAAGAUAGCCACUGGUCAUUCGGAUAUGACCUUCCAAAUGGAGGUCCCAGGUCGCGGUAGGCGUUGGCACGAUAAAGACCCCCUAAUGUUAUGGCCGUAAGCUCCAUCUAAAGGGCAAAAUUUGUGACAUUUCAUGCAGCAAUGAUAGUCAUUAGAAUUUUAUCAAUAAAUACUAUGGUGUCCGGAUAGGGUCAUUUGCAAAAGCGUGACUGCGUGUUAGUCACAACACACCGUCACGCCAACAAGCAACGCACCUUCGCGCUUUCACGCCAACAAGCAACGCGCCGUCACGCCAACAAGUUUCGCGCCGACAAGCAACGCGCCGUCACGCUAACACAACUUUACACAACUCGCCUUCGCGCAGUCACGCUUACAUAACUUUACACAACUCGCCUUCGCGCAGACAAGCGCGAGAUGUGUAAAGUUGUGUUAGCGUACACAAAUACUGUGACUAUUGAAGGGUACACAGGUAAUUAAAAUAUCAUAUAACUAAAUAUUGCUCCCCAGAGAAAUAUCUAAUGGAAACAUACAAAAGUAGUGUCUAACAGUGUUGAAUUCGGUGGUAAUGUCCAGCAGUGCAUGUUGAAAUUUGGUGAUAAUGUCCAGUCUUGGUAAAUAUUGUACAUGUACGUCGAGGGUAGCUAAAGCAUCGUGUUGAGAAAAUGUUCAUCGUAUAUAUUUUUUUUAUUUCAUCGCACCGGUGA